AUGACUCAGGCCGCUCAAAGUGCUGCAAGCGCUGCUCAGACUCUUCAAGCACUACAGGCCCAACAGAGCUCUUCAUCUACUUCAUUGCCUGUCAGUGACAACUUCAAAGAGGCUAGCAGGAUGGUCAGGCAACCUGACCCAUUUGGGUCUGAGGACCAUGACAGUGAUCUUAGCAAGUGGCAGGAUUUCUGCGUGAACCUGAAAGCUUGGCUGUUUUUGGGAAAUCCCAAGUUUGAAGUGGAUUUACACCGUGCAGAGUCUCAUAAGACAGGUGCCAUAGAUGUUUCUGCAGAGCCCGAAGAUGUCCAACUUCGUUGCAAGCAGUUUUACAACAUCAUGACAGGCCUUUUGCGUGGGAAGCCACUGAGAAUGUUGCGGCAGAUUGAGAACCGCAAUGGGUAUGAACUAUGGCGGCAGCUUUGUCAGCUGUUUGCCCCAAAGACGAAAGCCAGGUCCAUUUCAGUGUUGUCUGCAUUGCUUCAUGUGCCCCAGUUUUCGAAAGAUCGGACUUUGCUGGAUCAAGUUUUGGGUCUGGAGAGACUACGUGCUGAAUAUGCGAAAUCAAGCGGCGCAGACGUGCCUGAUGACCUGAUGCUGUCAGUGUUGGUGAGGUCGUUACCCCGUCAUAUACAACAACAUGUCCAGUUGCAGAUGGACGAGACUAGCUCCUAUGAGGAUAUCCGAAGCUUGGUGAUCGGCUAUGAGAAGAUCACCACCAGUUGGAGCCCUGGAAAGAUUCAUUCAGAGCUUGGCAUAGUUUCACCACCAAAUUCGGGCCCAGCCCCAAUGGAAGGUCAGAAAGGCAACAAGGGCAGUUCUGCUGGCAAGGAUGGCAAAGGCAAGGGUGAACUUUGUUUCAGCUGA